UUUGCAUACAUGGGGUUGUGUCGGCUCCGCACCGAGUUCGCUUGUUCGUUGUUGUUGUUGUUGUUGUGACUGCGAUUCCAGAGCAUUUUGAGGACGUUGAAUGACUGUGGUGCCUCCAAUCAUGGGUCUGGAUGUUGAGAUGAGUUCCCUGGACUCUGCGCCUCCGUCUUUGCUCUCUCAGCUGAGGGGAGUCAUAUCUUCGAUUGAGAAAGGGGUGGCGAGCAAGGAAAUGCGAUUGAUGGCUCGUGCUAAUCGCCAGAUGCUCGCAGUCCGCCGGCAGUUAAAACCAUCUACUGUGAACGCAUUUUUGAAGAAUACUCUACCUGCUGGUUCUGAUGCCUUGGCUCGUCUGUUGCCGUUCCUCGCUGCGGUUGAAAAGAGCGAGAAAGAUAUGGACGUUGAUACUCCCCCAGCUACUGGACAAUCCCCUGUUUCCCAGAAGCAGUCUGUGCUACCUGAAGUGGAAGUAUUUUGCUAUUUGUUGGUUACCAUCUUCCUAAUUGAUCAGAAGCAGUUGGAAGUGGCAAAGGCUUGUUCAUCAGCAGCUGUCAAAAGACUUCAGCAGUUAAAUCGUCGAACUUUAGAUGUUCUAGCGGCCCGAGUUUACUACUACUACUCCUACAGUUAUGAGCUUACAGAUUCUCUUGCCGACAUUCGUGGAAUCUUACUUGCUUUACAUCAGACAGCCACGCUUCGACACGAUGAGCUUGGACAGGAAACAUUACUGAACUUAUUACUACGUAAUUACCUGCACUACAACCUUUAUGAUCAUGCGGAGAAACUUCGAUCAAAGACUCAGCGAUCCGAGUCGCACUCAAAUCAGCAGCUCUGUCGAUACCUAUACUAUUUGGGAAAGAUUCGAACAAUUCAAUUGGAAUAUACAGAUGCGAAGGAGUGUCUGUUACAAGCAGCGCGUAAGGCUCCAGCCAGUGCCAGAGGUUUCAGGAUCCAGUGUACAAAGUGGGCAGUUAUUGUACGCCUGCUUUUGGGCGAAAUUCCUGAACGUACGACGUUCAUGCAGCCAGGAAUGCGCAAGGCUCUCCGGCCCUAUUUCGAGCUUACCAAUGCUGUGCGUAUUGGAGAUUUGGAGCUGUUUCGCUCUGUUGCUGAUAAGCAUUCGAGUGUUUUUACUUCUGAUAAGAGCCACAAUCUGAUCGUACGUCUGCGACAUAAUGUUAUUCGAACGGGACUUCGGAAUAUCAGUAUUGCGUACUCUCGAAUUUCAUUAGCUGAUGUAGCUACAAAAUUGCACUUAGAUUCUCCAACACCUGUGGAGGAUGCUGAGAGCAUUGUCACAAAGGCCAUUCGAGAUGGAGGUAUUGACGCCAGUGUGGACCAUGCUAAAGGCUGGAUGCAGUCGAAAGAAACUGGCGACAUCUACUCAACGCAGGAACCCCAACAUGCGUUUCAUUCUCGAAUUGCUUUCUGUCUCAAUACACACAAUGAGGCAGUGAAAGCCUUACGUUUUCCACCGGAUGCCCAUAAGAAGGAACUCGAGAGUGCUGAAAAACGUCGUGAGCGUCAGCAGCAAGAGCAGGAACUCGCAAAGCACAUUGCUGAGGAAGAUGAUGAUGACUUUUAGAUAAUUUCUAGGUCCUUUGUGACAGACCAGAUGAUAGGACAUACCAAUUAGGAUAGGAUAAUCAUUUCUUGUAAUGGCUCCUAGAUGUGGCGAUAACACGUGUCACUGCUGUCACUGCGGUCACUGCUUUUAACAUGAGCAAUGUGCAUGAAUUUGGAAGAAUGUUGAUAGACGGUUCUGGGUUUAGGAGAGGAGGCUAUUCUCCCUCUAUAUUUUGUUUAUUUCAUGUCUUCUGGAAGUGCGUCACUUAUUAAGUUCAUAUUAUGCCGCAGGUCGAUUAUUUUCAA